CGCGGUGUGCGAUGCGCCAGGGGUGUCUGGUCGGGUCCCGGCCGGUUGCGCACAACGCUGCGUGGCAGCGAGUUGUGGCGCCCAUGGCGUGGGUAGGUGCAGUCCAAGGGAUUGAAUGAUUGAUUGAUUGAUUGAUUGGUGCAAACUGGGCUGGAGGUCAUCAAUCGAGGAAAAAAGUAGCGCGAAGCGGAAAGCUAGCUCGCCCAGUGGUCGCGAUGGCGUCCUCGGCGGCGGCAACAGCAAUGGCGGCGCAAGCGCUGUCCUACCGCUCGGCUUUGCGCAGCCCGAGCACGUGCGUGGCGGCUCCCUGCGCCACGUCGACGAGCGAGGAGUCGUCGAAUAGUUACCUACAUCACUCCGCGCAAGCAGGGGGGAGGUCGGCGGGGAGGACUCGUCGGUGGGCGGCGUACCUGGGCGGCCUGGGCUGCAAAGUGCAACAACAAGGCAAGGCAGGCAGUACUGGCGGCAAUGGCAGCGGCGGCGAGCCGUCGUUCUUCGCUCUGAACCACUCUUGUUGCAGGAAGCAGCGGCGGAGAGGGCCGACCUCGGCAUCGUCGUCAAUCUCGUACAAUCGCGCAGCGGGGGGGAGAGAGGGGAAGAAGAACGGCGGAGGGGCGGGAGGUGCGCAAUCGUGGCGGUUAGCGCAGCGCGGAGGGGCGGAGAGAAGCGGCGCACGCCGCGGAAGCUCUUCGUGCGCCUGCAGUGGCGGCGGCGGCGGCGGCCGCAGUUAUGCUGCCCGCCGAAGCAGCGCGAUGCCAUCGUCGUCCGCGGCUCUCUGCGCGGCCAUGGGAGGGGGAGGGGGAGGGGGAGGGGUGAUCGAGGAUCGCGACGAGGUGGGGGCGGCCUUUCCCAGCGCGAUGAUGGUCCCCACCUGCGCGCGAGGUUACGGCUCGUUCUCCGGCGCAACGCUCGAGCGGUCGAAGCUGGACCUCUCUAAGCCGGAAAUCCGCUCCACGCCUCAGACCGAAGAUGGCGGAGGCGGCGGCGACAUUGGCAAGAAGAACUUCAACGGCGGCGGCGAUGGCGGCGACGACGGCGGAGACGACGACGAUUACUUCGACGAUUUCGAUGAUGGCGACGAUGGUGAUGACAAGGGGGUGUUCUCCCGCAGAGCAGCCAUUCCGGAGUUAUUCGAUAAAGCCACGAUCAACGCCGUGUUGCAGGAGUGGUUCAAGACGAUGAGAGAUCUUCCGUUAGGGCUUCGACAAGCGGUGGAGAUGGGGCUGGCCAGCUCUGUGCAAAUCACAAGGUUCAUGUCUUUCAGCGCCAGGCCCACCAUAGCGCGAGCUGUCUCCAGGAUGACCCCCUUAAGCGUUUCCAGGGGUUUAAUUGGCCGCAUGGUGGCAGAUCCAGGCUAUUUGCAGAAGCUGGCUUUCGAGCAAGGGAUGACCAUCGUGCUGAACCUGCUGUGGGAAAUCCAACACCGUGGGGCCAAGAUCAAAGAGGAAUGGGACUUAGCGGCGAUGAACAUAAUGGCGGCCAUUGUAUGCAAUGGGGCCGUGGUUUGGGCCUUGGCACCUAGCAGAUCCUUUGGUACCCUUGCCAGGUAUGACUGGCAGAACGUUCUCCAGAAACUUCCUAAUCAUGUCUUCGACAAGAGCUACCCCUUGAGAGAGUUCAGCAGAGGAUCUAGAGUGGCCAGCUUCUUUGUGAAGAUGGUGGAGUUGGGUGCGGUGGGUAUGGCGGUGGGUGCUGUGUCUUCUGCAGCUGGCAGUGGACUAGUGGAACUGAAAAGAAGAAGGAGAAGAGCAGCAGCGGCAGGAGGAGGAGGAGGAGGAGGAGGAGGAGGAGAGGAGGAGGUGAAGCUUUCGGUGCCGGUGCCGAGCAUAGCCACGGGUGCGACGGGAUAUGGGGCGUUCCUUGGGAUCUCGUCGAAUCUGAGAUACCAACUGAUCAACGGGAUAGAUCGGGGGAUGGGGCAGAGCUUCAACAACUUGAGUUUUGUCAUCUUGUGCACGCUGGCGCUGAGAGGGGCGAACACGUGGCUUGGGGAGCCGUCGCGCCGCCAGUGGCUGGGAAUGGAUGUGGAGCCUGCAUUCACGCUGCAGCAGGUGCGCGCGUACAGGAGGCCUUCCGCUCUUGGGGGCGGAGGGGGCGCGAAGCAGACGCGGGCGGGGAAGGACAAGGGGUCGGGAUCGCGAGCCGGGGGGGCGAAGGGAUCGUCGUCGGGGUCGGGGUCGCUAGGCUUCCUGCCCAGUUUCCAGUGGCCGCAGCCGCUGAGGCACGCGUUCUCGGCGGCCAGGGAGGAAGAGGCUUUGGCGCCAGCGCGGGGGGAGAGGGAGAUGGUGGGCACGGGGGGAACAGCGACGGCCGCGCGCGCGCCGUCUAGAACGCGGAGCAGCGGCGCGGGAUCCGGACAGCAACAGAAACGGCAACCUCAACGAACGGUGAAAAAGCGCAAACAAUGAUCAUCAACCGAUUGAUCGACUGAUUGACUGGUUAAUUGAUUGAUUCAGUGGUUAAUUGAUUGCUUGAUUGCUUGCUUGCUUGAUUGGUUGGUUGAUUGAUAAGCUGUUGAUGUCAUCUCCCGUCCUCCUCUCUCCUUUCUUCCUCUCUCUCUAUCAUCCUAGAUUCAUUGGGUAGUUAAGUGAUCGGCGGCUUACACAAUGAGUGCUGUUACGGUAGAACAUUGACACGCCUCUCUCUCUCUCUCUACUCCCCCUACUCUCUCUCUCUCUCUCUCUACUCCCCCCUCUCUCUCUUUCUACUCCCCACUCUCUCUCUUUUUCCUUCCCAGUCUCUCCUCUCCCGCCUCUCCUUGAGGGAAAAAAAAUCUUCUCUUCUCUUCUCUGUCUGCGUCCUGCUGGUGUUGUUGCUGUCUCUCACACGGGGAUGACGUUGCAACGACGAUUUUGAAUCCCGAUCCCAUCCAAUACUCCUCCCUCUCCCAUUCUUGUUUUCUCCUCCUCAGCUCUCUUGUCUAGAAGGCGUGUGCUUUAAUUUGUCCUUUUUUUUUUUUUUUUUUUUUGUUUCUCUGAUCUUCGGUAUAAGAACCGUCGUGCUGAGCGGAGAGGGAAUGCAAAGUGCAACGUUUU